AUGACCAUUGCAUCUUCAAUCCCGCAAAAGAGAAGAAAGGAAGAUGACGAUCAGGAUGAGAUCGUGAAAGAUGGUCGGCUCACGACUGCUGCCGAGAACUUCUUCGAGGCUAUCUCUGAGGCCGGUAUCACCCAUUGCUUUGUGAACCUAGGAAGCGAUCAUCCCGCUAUGUUGGAGGCGAUGAUCAAGGCUAAGCAAGAGAACAAAGUCAAUUUUCCAAACAUCAUCACUUGUCCUUCUGAGCUAGUUGCUCUUUCAGCAGCUUUAGGCUAUGCCCAGGUUACGGGAGUUCCGCAAUGUGUUCUUGUGCACGUGGAUUGUGGUACUCUUGCCUUGGGACAAUCUGUUCAUAACGCAUCAGUUGGCAGAGUCCCUGUUCUAUGCUUUGCUGGCCUGAGUCCGUUCACUCAGAAUGGUGAGCUGUUGGGGUCAAGAACGGAAUUUAUCCACUGGCUUCAGGAUAUUCCUGAUCAAGCUGCCAUUGUGAGACAGUACUGCAGAUACACUGGCGAGAUCAAGACAGGUCGCAACAUCAAGCAAAUGGUAGCGAGGGCCUUGCAAUUUGCAACAUCUGACCCCAAGGGACCGGCAUAUCUAAUGGCUGCAAGAGAGGUUCUCGAGGAACGUGUUCCCAGGGAAUGUCUGGAGGCAGAUACUUUGACUUCCGUUGCUCCAAGCGCAUUGCCAGAAGCAGAUGUGGAAUUGAUCGCCAAGGAAUUGAUAAACGCAAAGCAUCCGCUUGUCAUCACCACGUCUCUUGGUCGUAACCAUCAAGCACCCGCCCUCCUUGAGGAUCUUUGCGAUAGGCUACCAAUCACCGUAGUUGAGCAGAUUGGCUCCGACCUAUGCUUAAGCAGCUCACACGAGGCCUAUCGGGGCUGUACCGUUAGCACCCAUCCUGAGGUUUUGGAAGCCGAUGUCAUCCUCAUUUUGGACUGUGACGUGCCUUGGAUCCCCACAGCUGGCAAGCCUCGACCUGGCACAAAGAUUUUCCAUCUCGACAUUGAUCCACUGAAGCAGCAAAUGCCACUCUUCUCCAUCAAUGCCACUCGCAGAUUUAAAGUCGGCUGCGCAAUUGCUCUGAAGCAAAUCAAUGAUUUCUUAGCUAAGACUGAUAUUGACACCGCUCAAUACGUUCAGGCAUUCAAGGAACGAUCGAUCGAUCACAAGAAGUGGAGGAGCUCUCUGCAGAAUCUUGAAAAGCCAUCAGAGGAUGGUAUUAUCAGUGUACCAUAUUUGACCUCACGGUUGCGAGAUACUCUUCCACAGGACACUACAUAUGCCAUAGAGGCUGUCACGAACGCAGGAAUUAUCAUUCAUCAUCUCAAUCUGACUCAGUCAGGGAGCCUCAUUGGCAGUGGUGCCGGUGGGCUUGGAUGGGGCGGCGGUGCAGCACUGGGAGUCAAACUGGCUAAGCCCAAUUCAUUCGUUUGUGGAAUUGUUGGCGAUGGUGUAUAUCUGUUCUCCCAAAUGGAGAGCGUAUAUUGGAUCGCUAGACGAUACGACGUUCCAUUCCUAAUGAUCGUGCUGAACAACAAUGGAUGGAAUGCACCAAAGGUCUCGGCUCUUCUUGUUCACAAGGAUGGCUUAGCCUCUAAGUCAAACCGACGAGAUCUUAAUAUCUCGUUUGAACCCUCGCCUGAUUAUCCCGGAAUUGCGACUGCAGCUGGAAAUGCUUGGGGGAAAACAGUCACUAGACAAGUUGACCUUGAUUCUACUCUUGCUGAGGCAAGGAGUGUUGUUGAGGGUGGAAGAUGUGCCGUGGUUGAGGUUGCUGUUCCAUCCAUGUGGAAAGAAGAAUAA